AUGACAGUCGGGAUGUUGAUAUUAAGACUAACGGAACUAGUUGAGCGACAAUCUCAACAAAUUCAGCAAUUAAUACAACGAGGAGAAAGGGGAGAACAUCAAAGGGCUGAAUUCAUACAACCACAACAAAGGGCUAAACAUUUUGAGGCAGUUGGGGAAAGAUUUAGAAAACUAAACCCUCCAAUAUUUGAGGAUGCAUUAGACCCAACAGCUGUAGAGGAUUGGUUGAGAACUUUGGAGAAUAUGUUCAGGUAUACGAGAGUUUCGGAAGUAGAAAAAGUAGAGUGUGCAUCCUUUAUGCUACGAGCCCCAGUUCGAGCCAUGAAGAUGAAUGAAUUUAUACAGCUAAGACAAGGAGGGAUGACAGUGGGGGAGUAUAUUCGUAAAUUUGAACAACUAUCUAGGUUUCCAACCCACAUGAUUAAUACUGAUGCAUUAAAAGUAGAAAGGUUUCUUGAGGGGUUAAGACCAGAACUAUAUAGAGAUGUAAUUAUGGUAGGAAUCCAAGAUGUUUCAUAUUCUCAAAUUGCAGAGAGAGCAUUAGUUGCUGAACAAGCUGAACAAAGAAUUAGUCGUGCUCAAGAGGCUCGACGACAGUUUAGGCAAGGUCAAGGACAGCGUUGGCCUAGAAAUGAUAAGAAAAGAACUUUCCAAGGACAGAUUCAGAAACCUAAGUUUCAACCGAGAGAAGGACAACAACAUUGGGAUCAGGGCAAACGUCUGAGGAUAGAUCAAGGAAAAGCCUUAAUAGCACAACCAUCUUGCCCUAGAUGUGGUAAUCCAAAUCAUCCUAUAGAGCAGAAGAAGGUACCAGCUAGAGUGUUUACCAUUACUAGAUCCGAUGCUGAGGCAAAUCCAUCAGUUGUAACAGGUAAAUUUUAUAUCUUUUGCAUUCCAGCACUUGUACUACUUGAUUCUGGAGCUACACAUUCAUUUGUUUCUACCGAGUAUGUGAGAAGGCUGGGUAGGACACCUGAUAUACAUGAGCUUAGUUAUAGUGUAACUAUUCCACCUGGAGAUGUACAACAAACCAAUCUAAUUGUAAGAGCAUGUACGAUCCUUACAGAAAAUCGAGAGUUCUAUGCAAAUUUAAUUGUGUUAGAUAUGAAAGAUUACGAUAUAAUUUUGGGUAUGGAUUGGCUGUCAAGAUAUCAAGCUACUAUAGACUGUAAGAGAAAGUCAGUAACCUUUCAAUUUUUAGGGAUUAAACCAUUUACAUGCAUUGGGAUCGAAAAAGGUUUUAGAGUUCCAAUCAUAUCGGUAUUGAAAGCACAAAGGUUACUAGAUAGGGGGUGUGUAGGGUAUUUGGUGAGUAUUAUGGCUAUGGAAGCACAACACAAUCCGAAUCUUAAGAAUUUCCAGAGGUAUUUCUUGAUGAUUUACCUGGGGUACCACUAG